AGUCACGAUAGAUCAUUUUCCUCUACAGCCCAACCGGGAGACGCUCACGCAGAGUUACGGAGAAUCCUGGUAGAAUAACUGAUAUAACAGAUACGGGCCCUCCGCGAGCCUUAACCGGUGGAAUAACAAGCCCAGCUGUCCGGUAGGAAUUAAGGGACGACAUUGCCGAGCUUUUCUUAACAGAGAAAGGAUAUUUAAACCCCACGAACGCACCAUAGCCUACUGAAGCCGUUAUCAGAGAUGGCCAGCACCGGGACUGAGCGCGAGGAACCUCACGUUCCCCUGGACGAACUGAGACAUCCCGAGCCUGCAUUCAGAGAGGCGCAGAAGUGGAUCGAGGAGGUGACGGGAAAAAGUUUCGGUGAGAAGGACUUCCGGAGCGGCCUGGAGAACGGGAUCCUGCUCUGCGAGUUACUGUGUUCCAUCAGACCAGGUUUGGUCCAGAAAAUCAACAGACUACCCUCGCCCAUCGCUGGACUGGACAACCUGUCAGUGUUCCUCAGAGGCUGUGAGGAGUUGGGUCUGAAAGGUUCCCAGCUGUUUAAUCCAGGAGACCUUCAGGACACCUCCAUACAAGCCAACCUCAGGGACUCAGAAUGCAGUAGAAAACUGAAGAAUGUAUUAAUUACAAUAUUCUGGCUGGGGAAGGCAUCCAGUGUGUGCCCCUCCUAUGACGGCCCUGUCCUAAACCUCAGAGAGUUUGAGGGACUGCGAUCACACAUGAGAACGCUGAGUGAGGACAGGUCUGGGUCAGACAGUGUGAGGCCAGGUGUGAGGGACAGUGGUUACGACUGCUGGGACUCAGAGCGGAGUCAGUCUCUCUCUCCCCGACAACACACACGGGACAACUCCCUGGACAGCCUGGAUUCUUUUGGCUCGCGCUCCCAGACUAGCCCCUCCCCCGAUGUCAUCAUCCAUGGCAACAGUGAUGUUGACUCAGACGGCGAUGCCCCCAACAGGAAGGCAGAUGCCCCCAACAGGAAGGCAGAUGCCCCCAACAGGAAGGCAGAUGUCCGUCGUGAUGACAUGUUAGCUCGUCGUACGUCGGCCGGUGAAUCACGGACCUUUGUUCCCUUUAACCAGUUCCUGCCCAAUCGGAACGUCUCUGCCUACGUUCCCACCGCCAGACGCAGAUCACGGCCCCAGGAUGGAGAGCACGGCAGUCUCCCUCAGCCCAUCUUAGAGGAGGGGGGAGGGGGAGGGGGAGGUCCCUUUAAGAGACCACCAGGGCCCCGCUCCAGAAACUACAAGACAGUCACAUGGGCCCCAGAUGGGGAGGAGCCUAAAGAGGAAGAGGGGGUCUUGGGCAGGAAGAGGAAGUGUUGA